CAGCAAAAGUCGCACGUAUGCCCUAUCAUGCAAUGUCAGCGACGAUUCAAGCGUCUCGAGCAUCUCAAACGCCAUAUGCGCAUACACACACUCGAACGCCCAUUUGCAUGCAACUACCCGGGCUGCCACAAGACGUUUUCGCGGUCGGAUAAUCUGUCUCAACAUAUGAAGACUCAUCAG